GUCGUCUGAUAACGAUGAUCUGCGAUAAGCUCCGCAUGAACUAGAUAUGGCUACAAAUCCCUUUAAUGCAGACAACAGACGUAAGCAUCGCCCUGUCAGCUUGCCCAGCAUAUCAAAUCUCCUUUUAUUUUCUACAAGCAGAUAGAUUAUUCUUCCUUGGGAGGACGCUCACAAUAAUACUGUUAUUUUGGAUAUUACUCAGGUCUGCAGUUUGAGAAGGCAACUACUCUUCUUUCCCGUACGUAUCAACACAAACGCCUCAGAAUAUUCCCGCAGACGUAAGCACGACCCUCCCAGCAGGCUGGACUCCACACCGAACUGCGUUUCUCUCUGCGCAAGACGACGCAGUAACGAUCCCGGACAUACAGCAAUCUAUUCAACGAGGUACAAACCCGGUAUAAGAUUGAAAUGGCGCAUCCGUCACCGUCGCCGUAUUACUCGCUUCUGGCGACGCAGCAGCAGAGCAACGCUCCGCCUCCACUGCCUCCGUUCCCCGGCUCGCCCCAGCAACAGCAUCAUCAACAGCAUCAGCAGCAAGGACUACAACCUGGACUACCACCAUUAUCAGCACCGUCCUACUCUGUCGGGGGUAGUGGAGCGUCGUCGAUGCCGUUGCAGUAUACGGCCUCUACGAUGCUACCGCAGGGUAAUGCGCAAUAUCAGCAAUCGACCGUAGCGCCGCCAGAAUAUCACAAUCUUCCGCAGGUCCAGCAGCGGAAACCGGUGGCAGUUGCACCAGCAUCACCAGCGAUCCCGCGCCGACAACAGACGCCGCAGUCACCGCAGUCGCCUAGGCGAGUGGGCGCGGGAGCGGAUGGAUCGCCGCUGGGAGGCGUCGGAGGAGGAGCAGGCGGACAGUUUGUGCCGGCAUCACUAAAAGACAAGUCGCGCGGAGAUCUGGCGCAGCUGCUAGAGGACGAUGCGGUGCUUACGGCUUACUUUGAGGCUACGCAUCCGGCGUCGGUGAGCCAUCGCGAGGCGGUAGAGACGCUGGCUGGCAAGAUUGCCGCCUCGGGGACGCGGAUCAAUGCGAAGGAGGAGACGCUGAGCAGUCGUCGGACGACGGUGGAGAAGCAGCUGCGGGAGGCGCAGAAGCAGGACGACGUGUGGCAUGCGCGGGAGAAGGAGAUGUAUGCGGCACUGCAGCCGUACUCGAGCAGUGGCCUGAAGGCGCGGUUGAGUGCUGCUACGGCGGAGGCCGAGCAGGUGUCGGAGGCGCUCGCGGGAUCAUUUUUGGAUAUGAGUGGGAGCAGCAGUCGCGGAGGGCUGGAUGCAGGACAGUUUGUGAGGGAUUACAGGCAGGUGAGGAAGAUAUUCCAUCUGCGGAAGGAGAGGCUCGAGCGGUGGAAGGAGGAGCGGGUCGGCGGGGCGAGUGUGCGGAGGUAGGGCAGCCAUGAUGGAAUGGUGGGGAGGAUUGCAUCAGGAGAGAGAGAGACUAGACGAGGCCAGACGCGAUGGACGAGUAGGUGAAAUAGCCGGGGAUGGCUGAGGAGGGGGAGGGGUGAAUCAGGACGCAGGGUAUUUACGCCGACAUAUGCCGCGAGGACAGGGCGUAAUAUAAUACAGCUACAGCUGUAGUUAUGUCUUAGUUGAAGUAGACUACAACCAAUAAAUACAGCACAGACACAGUGCAAACCAGAA